AUGGCCAGAACUCUGCAGACCAAUUGCAUGAAGAAAAUCCGUGACUUUGUCGAUAAACGGAUAUUAGAAAGAAAAGGUACUUCAGAGGACAUCAGGGCGGAUGCCUCUUUCUUACACCCCCCUCCAGAUGGAGGUUGGGGCUGGGUAGUCGUGGCGGCGGCGGCUACCCAUUGCCUACUUAUUAGCGGUUUCCAUAGCGCCUUCGGUGUCUACAUGCUGCCCCUUCUCGGUUCUUUUGAAGCGAGUAACUCGCAGAUAGCUUGGAUUGGAUCAAUCAGCUAUGCCCUGAUUAUGAUGUUUGGUCCGGUGUCUGGAAAACUCCUAGUGAAAUAUGGAGCCAUCAAAGUGGCAGUAAUUGGAGAUUUGAUGACCAUAGGUGGUCUUGUGUGGUCAUCAUAUGCUGACAAAUUUAAAACCCUAUUUUUCACCCGGGGAAUCAUUGUUGGUGUGGGAUCAAGUCUGGCCUACACUCCAGGUGUGAUAAUGGUUAGUUUGUAUUUUACUAAGAAACGCUCUUUGGCUACUGGCUUGGUGAUGGCUGGAGGGGCUUCAGGAACGUUCAUUCAGAAUAAGCUGCAGCACGUUCUCAUCCAGCAGCUGGAAUGGAGAGGCAGCCUAAGGGCCUAUAGCGCAAUGCUGGCCGUAUGUGUUCUUGCUGCCUUUGCGCCAGUCCCUUAUGCCUUUCCCACCGAACAUACUGGCUGCAUUUCGGAAAUUGUAGGCACCAGGAUAGAACUCAUCCAAGUGUAG